AUGGCAAAGACUAUGAAACAAAAGUUUAGCAAGUAUUGGGAGGAUGGAAGUAAGAUCAAUUUGUUAUUGUAUGUUGCGGUUGUUCUUGAUCCUAUCAAAAAAAAUGACAUACUUGAGUUUUGCUUUUCAAAUUUAUUUCUUGGAGAUAAUAAAAAUGUGGAAGAUAUGGUAGACAAGGUUAAGGGUUGUUUGAGUCAUUUGUAUAGCCAUUAUGUCACACUUUGUCCUUCAAAUGAGAAACUUCCAAGUGUGAGUGAUGUUGUGAAUAUGGUGGAAAAUGAUGAUGAUGAUCCUUAUUCUUUGGUUGACUCCCAAUUUAAUUCCUAUUUGGAGGGGCUAUGCAUUAGUGGAUCUAAGUCGGAAUUGGAACAAUAUUUGUCCGAGGUUGAACAUUUUGCAAAGAAUCAAACAUUUGAGAUUUUGGAUUAUUGGAAGGUUGAAGCUCUUGUACUUUGGAGUCAAGCCCAUGUUUAA